UACUCAUCUUCUUUAUAUUAUUAUGACUUAGUUAGGAGUAGGACUAGUGUUUGGAUACGGAGGCAAUAGAUAUUAAAUGGACGGUUGCGAUUAACCGAAAUUACAAGAUCUCUGGUAUAAGCUGCAACCGGAGAAACAAAAGACUUGUUCUGUUUUCAUUUUCGACGGUCCCUUCUGUUUUUGGAUCCAAUUCCUUUGUUUUCUUCUUCUCCGAAAAAAAAAAACCAUUUCUCUCUGCUCCCAAAACCCUAGACAGAGAGUGAGAGAGUGGGAGUGAGACAGCACAAUGCGGGGACUCUUCGUCUUCAUCACCGUGAUCUCACUCGUUCCUUUCCUCUGCAACUCCUUCUCCCCCGAAAACCCUACCGCUCGACGCCUCCUUGUUCUGCUCGAUGACUUCUCUCUUAAGUCAACCCACUCCAUCUUCUUCAACUCUCUCAAAUCUCGUGGAUUCGAACUUGAAUUUAAGCUCGCCGAUGACCCCAAGCUCGCUCUCCAACGCUACGGCCAGUACUUGUACGAUGGUCUCGUUCUUUUCUCUCCCUCCACUGAAAGUUUUGGAGGCGGUUUGAAUUUGGAGGGCGUGCUUGAUUUCGUUGACUCGGGUCACGACUUGAUCUUGGCUGGUGGUGCUUCUUCUUCCGAUUUGUUUCGCAACGUGGCUACAGAACUUGGAGUUGAUUUUGAUGAGGAUUCAUCUGCUAUGGUGAUUGAUCACACCAAUUAUGCAGUGUCAGACACUGAAGGGGAUCAUACAUUGAUUGCCAGCGAUAAUUUCAUUCAGUCUGACGUUAUUCUUGGAAAGACUAAGAUUGAGGCUCCAAUACUUUUCAGAGGAGUUGCACAUUCACUUAAUCCUGCUAAUAGUUUGGUUCUGAAUGUUCUCUCUGCUUCCCCGGCCGCUUAUUCUUUGAACCCAAAUUCUAAGUCGUCGCAACCUCCAUCACUCACUGGAUCUGCUAUUUCACUUGUUUCUGUUGUUCAAGCUAGAAACAAUGCUCGGAUUAUUAUCUCGGGGUCUUUAGAUAUAUUCAGUAACCGGCUUUUCUCAUCAGCCGUACAGAAGGCUGGAAGUUCACAAAAAUAUGAGAAAUCAGGCAAUGAACAGUUUGUGACUGAACUUAGCAAAUGGGUCUUCCAUGAAAGGGGCCAUUUAAAGGCUGUCAACAUGAAGCACCACAAAGUUGAACAAACAGACGAACCAGCAAUAUAUAGGAUCAAUGAUGACCUGGACUUUUCCGUGGAGAUCUAUGAGUGGUCUGGAAAGAGCUGGGUUCCUUAUGUGGCUGAUGAUGUUCAGGUUCAGUUCUUUCUGAUGAGCCCUUAUGUGCUGAAAACUCUAGCAACUGACCAGAAGGGACUGUACUACACAUCAUUUAAGGUACCUGAUAUCUAUGGGGUGUUUCAAUUUAAGGUUGAAUAUCAGAGGCUUGGAUACACAACCCUAUCCCUUUCGAAACAGAUUCCUGUACGGCCUUUCAAUCACAAUGAAUAUGAACGAUUUAUAACCACCGCCUUUCCCUACUAUGGAGCUUCAUUUACCACAAUGGUUGGGUUCUUCAUCUUUAGCUUCAUCUUCCUGUACAAUAGCAAGUAAACCUCAAAUAUUUACAGAGACCAAUUACAUGGCUCAAGGAUAGUUCUUCUAAGAUAUUAGGGAGGCACAUGACAUGGAUCUUCUAGAUUAACUUUUAUGGAAAUUUUGAGUGACAAUAAUCUUUUUUCUCCUCAGAGAUAUUGUUUGAAAGGUAAUUGAUAUUUGAACCAUAGUUUGAAAUAUAUCUAAUUUUGGUUACAUCUC